CUUUCAGACAUUUUUAUUAAUACAAAGACAACAUGUUUGGAGAGACAACUGAAAAACUAUCAGUUAAAUCACGGCGAUUUUUCUGGGUGGCUUUAAUUCUAACUAUCAUCGGACUUCUUCUGACCAUAAUAGGUGUAUGUAUGCCGUUCUGGACCUCGAUUACGGACUUCGCACACUCCGGGGUGUUUCAGGCGUGUAUAUGGACCUUCAAAUCGUGUUCUUCUACGCGAGAUUUGGAAUUAGUGUAUAAAGAGGCCAAUUUCAUGCAACUGCUGUGGGGACUGACACUGGCCGGGUUGUUUUCCUUGCUGCUGUCCAUCGUUUUUAUGGCAGCAUACCCUACUCACAAAACAGUGGACUAUUGUAAAAUAGCUAUAGGAAUAUUUGUGUUGGUCUUCCUUGGUAUCGGAGUAAUUCUCACACUUAUUGCCCUUAUUGUGUACGUCGACUUUAACGUUUGGAAAGGACUUAACAUCAAAGAUGCCUUUGAUAUUAUCGGCUGGGCCUGGUACCUAACUCUUGUGGGUCUUAUCAUCCUGGUUGCCGGCUUUAUCUGCUUUAUAUUGCAUAUGUUUUUCAUGAUGUACGAGGAAGUCGGCACGACGGAACCAGUGUCAACCCACCAGCAUUAUUCCGAGAGAGAUUACUUCAGCCGAAGUAAAAAAUAUUGAUGACUUGACUGUGUCAUCUUAUAAAAAAUAAUUGGUAGUAGGCUAUGCAAAUCUUAAAAGUUUAUCUUUAAUGUUGUGAGAUACAUUUAACGUUUAAUACCAUUUUGUGUAAAAGAAAGGUGUUUAAAAAGAGAACAUUUGAACAGAUAAAGACAUAUGCGUAUCUUAGUCAAAUAAAAAUCCAUGCAUUUACAAUAUGAAAUUGUGUGGUCCAUAAAGCACAAAACCUGGAUAGGCGAGAACACUUUUCAUCUUAUACUGUAAGGAUCUAACACCGGCUGCGAGUGCAGACCGGAAUACCUGGUGAUUGUUGUAUUGUGGUAUGUAUUAAAACUAUCGUAUCUCUACGUACUACGGUGUUCCGUUUUGGACAAUCGUGCUUUUUUAUUUUGUCUGCACCUGCGAUGCACAAUGGUACGAUGGUGAAAACA